AUGGCCGCUCUCAUGCGCUGCGGAUAUCGGUCUGCUACCGAAUUCCGCUUCAACGAAGAACAAAAAGAGGCCAUUAUUCGAACCGCCGCCUACCACCGUAAAGACUACUCUCUCGCCGGGAUCUGGUUCUCGCGUCGCGAACACAACGAUAUUCAUCCGUCAAUAGCAACACCCUUCCAGCGUUCUUCCAGUGUUGGACUUGGCUUCCUCGGUCGGCUACCCCUCGAGCUCUUGCUCGACACCUUGUAUCUUCUGGAUAUGUAUUCUUUGUUCAAAUUUCGACAAAUAAAUCUCAGAGCAAGGCAGGUGGUAGACUCUCUCAGCCAGUACAACAAGGUAGUCUCCCAUGGACUGAACCUUUUUUGCGGCUUGUUACGAACUCGGAUUGCCAUCGAAAUCACUCUAUUCGACUUUUUCGAGGCAUUAUGUACUAAGGAAUGCUUUCUUUGUGGCGAAUUUGGUGGAUUUAUAUCCAUACUAGCCUGGAAACGAUGCUGUCAUAAAUGCCUCCAGGUGUCUCCGGAGACCCAGGUGCGGACUCUCGCCUCAGUCCGGAAGCAUUUACACAUGACCGAAGCCGAACUAGGCCAACUGAAGUCAUUCAAGACCUUACCGGGAAUAUACUCGAUGAACGAAACUGUACACAAUUCCCGCAUUACGAUUGUUUCUCUUGAUCAGGCUAUUUUAGCUUGCAGACGGAAAUCUCCCACAACCCAACAAAUUCGAAUAGGGAGGGCUGGCCAAAAUCGGAAAUUCAACUUCUUGGCAUCAUGCGCACUCCCUUACUACGAUAAACUAACUGGUAGAGUUGAACACGGAAUCUCAUGUGCUGGGUGCCCGCUUGCUAUUCAAAAAGGUAUCUUCGGCACAUGGGAUGUUCGAUUGGGGCAAGAGGCUCGAGACAAAGUUUAUGCGCAAGAGGGUUUUCUGGACCACUUUCGGUGGUGCGAGCAGGCACAGCUCCUUUGGAGAUCGAGUGAUGAAGGGAAAAAACAGCCACCCGAGCUAACCUGGGAUGCCCUAAAUGGAGGCCGCUUCCGAAGAAGAGAAUGA